UUUUCCUUAAGUCACGUUGCCUCACAACAUGGAAGCGGCCAAUGGUGUCAGAGACACGUAUCCCCGGCGCUAUAAAGGCGGCCGGGAGAGGAGGCGCGCCCCAUCAGGAGCGAAACAGAGAGAGGGGGACUCUGCGCGGACUCAUUUAUUUCUUUGGACAAUGCUGCGAGUAAGAUGUCUGAGAGGAGGUAGCAGAGGGGCCGAGGCUGCCCAUCUGAUCGGAGCCAUGCUGGGCCGGUCAGCCGCGGGCUGGGUGCAGAGGGCCUUCCAGAGCACCUCCAGUGCAGCAGCUGCCCAGCCUCAGCGUGCGGCUGAAGACGAGCAUGUUACUGAGCCCGCUCAGCAGGAAUGUCCUGUCUGUAGCCACAAUGAAUGGGACCCGCUGGAGGAGGUGAUCGUGGGUCGAGCCGAAAACGCCCAAGUGCCUCCCUUCACGGUGGAAGUCAAAGCCAACACGUACGAGAAGUAUUGGCCCUUCUACCAGAAGCACGGGGGCCAGUCUUUCCCUGCGGACCACUUGAAAAAAGCUGUUGCUGAGAUUGAGGAAAUGUGCAAUAUUCUGCGUCAGGAGGGCGUCGUCGUGAGGAGGCCGGAGCCAAUCGACUGGUCCCUGGAAUACAAAACUCCAGAUUUCGCAUCAACCGGUAUGUAUGCGGCCAUGCCCAGAGACAUCCUUAUGGUUGUGGGAAAUGAAAUCAUUGAGGCUCCCAUGGCUUGGAGGUCUCGUUUCUUUGAGUACCGUGCCUACAGACCUUUGAUCAAGGAGUACUUCAGAAAGGGCGCCAAAUGGACCACAGCCCCUAAACCCACCAUGGCCGAUGAGCUGUAUGAUCAGGACUACCCCAUCCGCACGGUGGAGGACAGGCACAAGCUGGCCGCCGAGGGGAAGUUUGUGACCACCGAGCACGAGCCCUGCUUCGACGCUGCUGAUUUUAUCCGAGCUGGGAGGGACCUGUUUGUCCAAAGGAGUCAGGUUACAAAUUACAUGGGAAUCGAGUGGAUGCGCCGGCAUCUGGCCCCGGAUUACAAGGUCCACGUCAUCUCCUUCAAGGAUCCCAACCCCAUGCACAUCGACGCAACCUUUAACAUCAUCGGCCCCGGGCUGGUGCUGUCCAACCCCGACCGUCCCUGUCGCCAGAUCGACAUGUUCAAGAGGGCCGGCUGGACCGUUGUGAAACCUCCAACACCUUUGAUUCCUGAUGACCACCCACUGUGGAUGUCCUCCAAAUGGCUGUCCAUGAACGUUCUGAUGCUGGAUGAGAAACGCGUCAUGGUGGACGGCAAUGAAAGCACCAUUCAGAAAAUGUUUGAGAACCUCGGUAUCAAGACCAUUAAGGUGAACAUUCGUCAUGCCAACUCCCUGGGGGGGGGCUUCCACUGCUGGACGACCGAUGUCCGCCGCCGCGGUACCCUUCAGUCCUACUUCCACUAGCCUUGUCAGAAAUGGCCAGUUUUUAUUGAGCUUUGGAUACUAAAGCCACAGUCUGGAAUCUUUAGUCUUAAUACAUUAACAAUUUUUAAACCCAGCAAGGGUGGAAAAAAAAAAAAAAGAAAGAAAAAAAAGAUCUACUGUGUGUAAUUUUCAGCCCCAAUUUUUGAAGAACUUGCCCUUCAAAUGUGUGUUUCUUAACAGCCUGUGUGACACAGAUUGAUUUUUAUGUCGGGACACCGGUGCCCUUUUCUGGACUGCGUCUUUAGGUGUUAAUUUCACUUUGAUACAUGAUUUUGAUUUGACAUUGCUGUACAACGGAGUGCCUUUGCAGACAGCUUUUUUUUUUUUUUAUCAGGGACAAAAAUGUGCUCAGUAUAAAGUAAUGAUCAUCACUUUACCUCUGUCAGUAUUCUCAAUAUUAACUGCAUUUCUGGCCUGGCCUGUUGUGAAGCUUUAGUGUUUGUGGCUUACUCAUCUAAAAGCCAGAGCUUUGAGGACAAGGUACAAUUUGGUAUGCGAAUGCCAUCAAUUUAGGGCACAGGAGGCAUGACGCUUCCUCCUCUGGGUGCUUUUCACUAUACUUGCAUCUGCUGUUUCAAAUUCUUUGUGAUCCCUUCUGCCGUCAUGGAGGAUCCUCCAAUCCAGUACAUGCAGCCUGAACACACAAAUACCUUUGAGAGAUGUAUGAUUCCUUUACAUCUCUGUCUUAAGACCUCGCUGAGAGGAGCUAAGAGAAGUCCACAUCUGUGUGGGAAGUGGGGAGAAAAUGCUAGCAUAAUGGAAAGCACCCUUCAAAUACACAAUUUUACAUUUUUCCCAAUUUUUUUUAUCUUAGGACUUAUUUUCAAUUUUUUAUGUAGGUCAUGGAACAAUUCAAUCUUCUUAUCUCUAGUUUUUUAUUUUGUAAAGAUUUCAAUUAAUUCAACAGGAAAAAUGUUCUGUUUACAUUUUUACUAGUCUUUAUUGGAUUUCCCAACCAUUAGUGUUUUUAUAUAUUUACUCAAAAAGUAUGUGGGCCAUAUCGGAUAUUGUACACCUUUUGCCUCUGCUGUUUUCCUGUUGCAUAUCUGGUCCAGUUACUUGCUAAUAGUCAUGCUCACUGAAUGUCAUGGUUGCUUUUAUGUGGAAAGCGAACAUGCUUUAAGAAUGAAUGUUUUAAUGUGGAGAUUUUUGUUAUAUAAUCCCUUUGCUGCCUUUAGAGUGGGACGAGACUGCCUUGAUAAUCACUUCUGAAACAAUGAAUUCGAGGGAAGUUGUGGCUAAACAGAGGAAUGCAAAGAUGUUUUGUAUUAUGCAAUGUCAGCUAAUUUGAUUAAAAAUAUUUGCAUCUCA